UGAUAAAAAAACGAACACAAAUGAUCAGUUUCCCAUCGGCUUCGUAUAAAAAGACUGCUCAAGCAAGCUUCUGUCAGUUAGCCGCCAACAUGAUCGUCAAGUUUGCUCUCCUCUUCGCUUGUGUUGCUUUGGCCAGCGGUAACCCCGCUGCCGGCAAGCCAUGGCACUGGAAGUCUCCCAAGCCACUUCUGACUCCCAUUGGCCCGGUGAAGUCACCCCGCAUCGUGGGUGGAGCAGAGGCCACCCCCCACACGUGGCCCCACCAGGUGGCUCUCUUCAUUGACGACAUGUACUUCUGCGGCGGCUCCCUCAUCUCCAACCAGUGGGUCCUGACCGCUGCUCACUGCAUGGACGGCGCCGCGGUUGUUGAGGUGGUCAUGGGCGCACACAACAUCCGUCUGAACGAAGAUACCCAGGUCUCCAUGACAAGCACAGACUUCACAGUCCACGAAGACUAUGGCCCCUUCUUUAUUAGGAAUGACAUUGCCGUGAUCAAACUGCCUUCUGCCGUAUCGUUUACCACUGAGAUCCAACCAGUCGCCCUGCCCAGCUCUGACAUUGCAGUUGGAACCAUUGUAACUCCCACUGGCUGGGGCAAGUCAUCGGACUCUGCCAGUGGCAUCUCGAACGUUCUCCGCGAAGUGGAUGUCCCCAUCAUGAGCAACGCGGCAUGCGAUGCUAUCUACGGCACUGUGACCGAUGGAAACAUCUGCAUUGACGCCACUGGUGGCAAGGGCACCUGCAACGGUGACUCUGGCGGCCCCCUCAACUAUGGCGGCAAGACCUACGGCAUCACGUCCUUCGGCGCGGCGGCUGGCUGCGAGGCAGGCUACCCUGACGCCUUCACCCGCGUCACCUACUUCCUGGACUGGAUCCAGACCCAUACUGGCGUCACUCCGUGAGCGGCAAGGUCAUAAUCUGACUGAGGAGAAGCCAGAUGGAAUAAAUUAUGGAGAAACUCUCUUACUAACUUUGUCCACAUAGUAAGGCUUCAAAAGAACAACUAUUCCCUGCAGUCAUCCGUGCUAAUAAAGCCAUAAACAAGCA